AUGCCAUCUGUAUCUCUACUGCCAGUUAAUGAGACUAAUAAAGCUGGGGAUCUUCUGAAAUCCUUCAAACCUCUUCAUGAUCGAGUGCUGGUUGAACGUAUCGCUGCGGAGACAAAAACCAAGGGCGGAAUAAUGUUGCCUGAGAAGUCACAAGGCAAGGUACUUGAGGCAACUGUUAUCGCUGUCGGACCUGGAGCGCGCAACGAGAAAGGCGAUCUCAUCCCUAUGUGCGUAAAGUCAGGAGACCAUGUGCUUCUACCUGAGUAUGGCGGCACUAAGGUAGUUGUUGAUGAGAAAGAAUAUUCAAUUUUCCGGGAACAGGAUCUGCUCGGUGUUUUCCAUUAG